AUGGAGUCAUCAACUAUCGCAUUCAAUAUUAUGUCACUGUCUGACGCAAAAGUUCUUAAGUUAUCAUAUCUCUCCACCAUUCCAAAUGAGAUAUUCGACACGAUUAUGGCCGAAGCCGAGAUCCAAGAACCUCAAAAUGUUACUGUUAGAUGCAAGAGAUCCAGUAACACAUUCGAGAUCCAUAGUGACAUGCAACCGUCAAAGGCUUCACAAAUUUUCUGCCGGUCGAGACAGUGGGCUAAGUCACAGCAUGUCGUAUCUCACUUGGCCCACCGCAGAGGCUACGUCUGGCCCCUAGAGCCCCUGCAAAACUUCUACUUCAAUCCAGAAAUAGACACACUCUGUCCCAUUAUGGAACAGGAGUGGACAUCAGAGGCCUUCUACACACUCUGCGAAGUUAUAAAAAUAAUCAAAGUGUGCAGGAUUGCUAUUGGCGAUUGCACACAUGCCGAGGAUGCUCUGAAGAGUCGAUGGGGAUCCUUCUGCAGUAUGAAAAACAUAGAAAAUUGGAGUUCAAGCUUCAAAGAAAUCAUUAUGUACACAACGAAGCGAAGCUUCGACGAGCAUUAUAGACCAAAUUUUGCUCCAUGGGAAAGCAGCAGAAUAACUCUAAGCAUGUACCAAAGCAAGGCUCGAAGCAUUCAAAUGCAUCAUUCCAGGCCAACCCUGAAGAAACUCAUUGCAAUAAAAAAUGCGCAAGAUAUGGCGGACGAAGGGGCCAAGCGUAAUGGGGAAGGAAGGACAAUGGUGGAAGGGAUUCCAGCCUGGUUGUUCGAAAAGACAGCUAAGGCAGACCUUGAUUUAAGAAUGAUGGUAGAGGUUGGAUCUCUUGAUCCUGAAAUUGGAGAGGAUGAAAAUGGUGGAGAUGGCAAUGGCGGCGACGAGAACGAUGGAGGCCAUGACGAGGAUGAAGAUGAGGAGCUUGAGCCAGACGAGGGCAUCGAAGACGAAAACAGUGAUGAUUACUUCACCGAUUAG